CCCUCCUUCUCUCGCUGCCUCUCCUCGCACAGACCCAGCCUCCUGUCCGGUCCGCCAUCCUCCGCGCUGCCAUGGCCGCGCAGGCUGCCGGUCGUGAUGCUGCGACGGCCGGACCCGCAGUCUGCACCGAGAUGGAGGAACGGGUAAGAUGCGUUUUGAUAAUAGAGGACGCUCUCUUUGCGAAAACGUUCAGGACUGAGACCGUCCCUUGACGUCGGGCCUUUACAGGCUGUCUCUGACACGCUGCUGCAGCAAGAUGGAGAGAAACCCUUCAGGAUGCACACCGACGCAGUAACCGCAACCAUGUCUUUUAAUUGAUUUUGGGCACAAUGUUCAGCGAGAUUAUUAGUGCAGAGGAAGGGAGGAUGAGCUUUCUCGUGUAAGCAAUAGAGAGAGGGAGAGCCGUCGCCCACUGCUGCUGCUGUUGCAGCUGCUGCAGCGCAUGUGUGACGCGCUGAUGUCAAAGGGAGAAGUGAAAGUGCAGCAGCUGGUCGGUCGGUCGGUGCAUGUAGGCUUCCGAGGGCCAGUUUAUAAUUAGCCGGACAGUGGCCAGGCUUUAACAUUUUUGCGUCUCACUCGUCUUGUUUUGCUGCUGAAUCCGGAGAGGUUUGAGCGCGCCUGUCGAGCCGGGUUUCUUCCACUUGGCGGCGACGCCAGCUGACAACAAGUUGGCAGGAAAGUCGUCUUCGGGCUGUGGACUCACUCAUCAGCUGUUCUUCAUCCUUUACACUUCUCCCCAUUUUGUCGGCCUUUUCUUAGGAAGGAGGGAAAUAUGAAGGCUGAUUUGGAGGCUCCUCUGCCUGCUGAACAGGAGGACAUCGCAAUCCAGUGCCGAGAUGUGUGCCGGUCGUACGGCAAGCGGAAAGUCCUCAGCAACCUCAACCUGACUGUACCACAGGGACACAUAUAUGGCCUUUUGGGGCCUAGUGGAUGUGGGAAGACCACACUUCUGAAAUGCAUCGUGGGAACUCUGAAAAUCUCGCGGGGUCACAUCGCCGUGUUGGGGAAGCCCCCUGCAUUCCCUGGUCAUGACGUGCCGGGGAAGAUGGUCGGGUACAUGCCGCAGGAGCUGGCGUUGUACAGAGAGUUUACAAUAGGCAACACCCUGACCUUCUUUGGCCGAAUCCAUGGUCUGACGUCGAAGGAAACCAAGACACGCAUGGAUUUCCUCAUCGACUUCCUGGAUCUACCUCAGAAAGACAGUCUGGUCCGAAAUCUCAGUGGGGGUCAGAGGCGCAGGGUGUCUCUCGGUGCGGCUCUGCUUCAGAAUCCACGGCUGCUCAUCCUGGACGAACCAACAGUCGGAGUGGACCCUGUUCUUAGGUCUAAGAUCUGGCAGCAUCUGGUGCAGAUUGUGAAGACGGGGAAAGUCUCGGUCAUCAUCACCACACACUACAUAGAGGAGGCCAGGCAAGCCAAUGUGGUCGGUCUCAUGAGGAACGGCUGUUUGCUCGCUGAAGGACCUCCAGACGCACUCAUGAAGCAGCACAAUGCAGCAACCCUUGAGCACGCCUUCCUGCAGCUGUGUGAGACGUCGGACCAGAUAGUUUCUAAACGGGGGUCCAGUCCGCAGGGUGGGGCGCUGGAGAACAGCCAAUCGUUCGAGAGUGGGCGGGACGAGAGUCAGCCAAUUCUCGUGGUCGGACCAGGAGCUGCAGAGGAAGUUCCAAAAUAUUCAGUGGACUGGAAGGUGCGUGCCAAACACGUUCUGCCCAAGUGGAGAAACAUCGCUGCCCUGAUGAUCAAAACUAUGGUGCGGAUGAAGAGAAUGCCAGGCUCAUUGUGUUUCCAGUUCUUGCUGCCCGUCAUCCAGGUCUCGCUGAUCUGUUUGUGCAUUGGAGGAGACCCAAAUGGGAUUGAGGUUGCCGUGGUGAACAACGACUCCGCCCCCUCCGCGUUCAGCCAUUUACUGCUCUCCUUCUUGGACAAUUCCAGUGUGCAACAGGUGCCCUUGUCCCAUACGGAAGCUUUGGAUGGGAUCUAUAACGGAGAGUAUUGGGGUGUCAUCGGCUUUGGCAAGAACUUUACCAGCUACCUGACAAAAAGGAUGCUUCAGCGGCAGGUCUCCAGAGAGGUGGUUGAUGGAGGAUCAGUACACGUCUGGCUGGACCUGACAAAUCGACAAAUUGGCUUAAUGCUCCAGAAGAAACUACAUGAGGCCUUUCAGGCCUUUGUGGAGAAUAAAUUGGGCAGCAUGGCAUACCUGGUCGCCCUGCCAAUUAAGUUUGAAGAACCGAUCUAUGGCAGCCAAGACACGGACUUCACUACGUUUGUGACACCUGGAGCUGUGCUCAGUAUCACCUUCUACCUGGCAGUGGGUCUGACAGCUCUCUCCUUUGUCCUGGAGAGGAAGGAGGGGCUUUUGGACCGGUGUUGGGUUGCAGGUGUGAGCUCUCUGGAGACGAUGCUGGCUCACCUCUUCUCUCAGCUGUUUGUCAUCAGCGUUCAGAUCCUCCUGCUGCUCCUCUUCAUACUGCUCGUCUUCAAGAUACCUAAUGAAGGCUCCUUGGCGCUGGUCAUAGUUCUCAUCGUGCUGCAGGGAAUCACCGGCAUCUCGUUUGGCCUCGUCAUAUCAGCCGCAAUCGACGACGAGCAGAAUGCCAACCAGGCCGCCCUGGGCAUCUUCUAUCCUAACCUCAUCCUCAGCGGUAUUAUCUGGCCUGUGGAGUGUAUCCCGUAUCCUCUCCGCUAUGUCAGCUUGGCUCUCCCUCAGACCUACGCCUCAGAAGCCCUCCGCUGUAUAAUGUACAGAGGUUGGGGUCUGUCCCGGAUGAUGGUGUGGCGAGGAUUUGCGGUCACCUUGGGCUGGAACACUUUCUUCAUUAUCCUGGCCACGGUCAUCUUAAAGCUGCGGACGUGACAGCCUCCUCCCCGAGAACCUUCUUUUAGUGUUGGGACAGAGCUGUUGGUGAAGUCUAAGAGCACAAGGACUCACCUGGGCCUGCUGUCCUGGAGGAUGCAGCAGGAGGAGGCAGGGCGCCACUGUGGUUUGAUGAACUGAUGAGGCUGAGGCAUCAUUUUUCCUCAUUCACAUUAUCCAUCACACACACACACACACACACAGACACACACACCAAUCAGCUGCCUGCAACAGUUGCUUUGGCCAGCAAGAGGGAAUUUUCAAAAUGCUACACCUAGAAGUACACAAGACAGAAUAUGUACAUGCACAAAAUGAAAAAAGGUUAAUUAGUUAAUGAUAACUGAGAAAAGUGUGGUUUGUUUUACUUCUAUGUGCAGCUUGUUGGAACAUUUCACCCCCAGAAUGGGCCAUGUACUAGCUCAGGGUCGCUUUGUAAUUUCUGUUUGCUCUUGCUCUUAAUGCUUCUAGAGAGAUUCGGUGGUGAAUAUACUGACCACAGCUGUCGGACAAUGCUUUUGUCCGCACAGUAUUUGUUGCCUAUCUUAUAUUUACAUUAUAGAGACAUUGUAUGUAAAUGUGAAAAGGAGUCUGAGCACAAGCAAAUGAUGAAAUUUUUAUUUUCUCCAGUUGCUUCACUAAGCAGAACACUUAAGGAGAGGAUUGUUGUUAUAAGAACUAUAUGUUGUAAGAACUCAGAAUAGGUUUUAAAGUGCUGAUCGUUUCAUAUUUUUCAGGAAAUUCUCACCCAUUCAGGUUUGCCACAACAGUAUCUCCUUUAGUUGCUUGCUUUUUAAGUCUGUGCUGAGAUUUACAUGCCCUGUUUGGUGUGUGACAGGAAGUGGUAACUCAUGUUGGUGUGUUACCAGGUGCUCAGCUGCAAACGGUCGUCCUCGUUGUUAGUUCAGGUUGAUGAUGGUCUCCAAAACGUGUGUUUAUGAGCCUGCAUCUCCGGUGAGAGGGAAAAGCAUAGUUUGAUGUUGGUGGGAAAGACUUGGUACUGUAUAAUUAAGUUUUUGUUUUUCUCCACUUUGCUCAACAGAGUGGAAGCUGUUGGAUAAUUUCUUCUCACAGGUCAGGUGUGUCAUGCUUUUUAAGCCGAUUACAUCCAUGCAACAUAUGUUCUGUUUUUUACACAAAAGUUUCAAACUGCUCAUACUCUACACAGUCUACUUUGUUUAUGAAUCUUCCACCAAAAAUAGCACAGAGUAAAAGCACACAGGAGUAAUGCCGUUUUGGAUUCAACAUGUCACAGAGAUGUGGGGAUGUUGUGGUGUCUGCACUGUUGGAAAAGGGAAGAAAUAUCCAGAAAUGAGGAAUAACUAGGAAAUCUAAACAAUGAGUUGUAGGAAUGUAGUUGGUGAGUGGAGUCACCGCUGGUCUAGAACGACUGAGUUUGAGUCAAAAACUUGAUCUUCCUUCCUUUUUUCGGUACAAAUAAUCACUCAUGAGGAAUGCUACAUUUUAAAAUAACUCUUUUGGGUUUUUAUAUUAUCGGAUAUCUUUAUAAAACUACAACACAAAAGAAAAGUUUGUUUUAAAACAGAAGCCCAGUCUUUAGAUCGUGGGGUAUUUUUUCAAUGAGCUUUUUUAAAUAUAAUUUAAACAAUCAUGAAACAACAUGAUAAAAUAAUGGAUAAUAGAGUUGAAAAGGCUAAUUAUGAGAGAAAAGUAACCAAAUUAGAAAAUGAUAACUGUACUCUGGUAAUAAUUAAUUAAAUCCAGUUUGUUUCUUUGCAUUUUACUGAAGAUUAAUUAGCUUACUAACUUCUCCACAAGCAUUCUGCCUUUAAAGGAAUUGUUCCACAUUUUAUAGAAAAUAUGCAUAUUUGCUUUCCUGCCACAGGUAAGAUGAGAUCUAACUCUCAGCAAGUAAACAAAUAUUUCCCAAAAUGUCAAACUAUAUUUUUGAAAUGGAGAACCUCUGACAGACCUGCACUAUAGAAAAGGCAGCAGACUCCAGAUUAUGCAUCCUAUAUUGUGCCAAUCUCAAAGAUUUAGAAAUGUUUACAUUCAUUUGGACACAUGCCUAUAACUGAACACACUGAACAUUUCUUUAAUAUCAGAUGUGUUUUUUUUCUUUUUAGCUGUAGGACUAAACACAUAUACCAGCAUGUAUUGUGUUAAAGUGCUCAUAUUGUGCUUUUUGUUUUUUCCCUUUCCUUUAUUGUGUUAUAUAUACAUGUUAUAUAUAUAUUUUUAGUGCAUGUUAUAGGUUUACAAAGUGAAAAAAGCCCACCCCAAAUGCACUUACCAUCUCCAACAGAAAACACUGUUCACAAACUGCUCCAAACAGCUCUAUUGUAGUCCAGCCUUUUACUUCUUUGACAAAACGUGUGUCAUUGUAACGUGUGUUACACGUUACAAUGCUCUAGCUGCUAGCGUGGCACGCCCUCAUACUCUGCUUCUGACUGGCUAGUAGUCCUUACUUAGCUAUUGCGCAUGUGCGACUCCCAACAAAGACGGAACAGAAGUGUGAUGUCGCACUCUGUAGCUAAAACAGAGAGCUCAACACACAGGGUGAAAAGAGGAGCUGGGGCAAUGUGCAGUACAACAAAAAUAUGAUGUUUUUUUAACAUUAAACCAUGUAAACCUAUUCUGGUACAACCUCUAAAUACAAUUAAAAUCUGAAAAAGAGCAUGAGAUGAGCACUUAAAGAUGUGGUUGUGAGUUUAGAAUUUGUGUCCAUUAACAGGAUAAAUAAUGAAUCUGUCGAUCGGUUUGUGUUGGAUUGCGUCGUGAUCGAGUGGUAAUGUUGGGUGUACAGUAAGCUGUUGGAUGUUGAAUCUUAAGGAGAUAGUUCCUCGCACUGUAUAUAUGCUGUCGCUCUGCUGUACAGUCAUCAGUGUUCCUGUUGCACAUUUUAAGGGAUAUUGCGUUCUUGUUUGAUAGGAGAGCCAACUGUGAGUAUAUAUGCAGUAGCUUCAUAGUCUUACCUUGACAGAAAGUUGAAGAUGAAUCCCACACUCUGGUGAGAUUGCCUGUCUGCCCUGCUUGACCCCCAUCACACACUAAUGUACCUUUAUAAAGUUUAAGAUGGUGGACAAUCUCUGGUAACAUUGUCAAUACUUAUGUGAACGUAUCAACAUUAUUUGGUAAUAUUGUGAUUACACCUUAUUUCUUUUAGAAUAUUUCUGGACAAUUGGGUGUUCAGUCUGUUUAAGAUUAUCAUGUGAUGAGUUUUUUUUCUAAAGUUCUCUAUAUUCAUUUUCAAGGAAUACAUUUUUUGUUCACUAGUGACAUACAUAUACCUUUGCUCCAGUUGCCUACAAAACCAACCAACCAACCAUUAGGUAAAAAGCAAACAUCUUUAGCAAAACCCUUCAUGCAUAAAGCUUUUUAUAUGGUUUAGAUGAACUACAAUUAUAUAGCUGAAGACACUAUUUAAAAAAAAAAAAAAACCUGAUUUGACGGUUCAUAUUAAUUUAUAAUAACUAUAAUGCUACAUGCAUGACUGAGGAAGCCCUCUCUGUGUGAUUUAUGUCUGUUUUGUUUUGUCUGUGGUUUGAAGAGGGCGGGAUGUCACAUAUUUCUGUGCACCAAUCAUACUUUAAGCAAUAGUUAACUGGAAAUCUGAUGCCAGUUUGGUUGAUUGCUAGCACUGUCAUUUCUGGAGAUAGGUCUAGAAAGACUAGUCAAAUCUGAUCAAACCACAGCCACAGAGACCUGAUAAAGUAGAGUUUAUGAGUGAUAAACGCUUGAUUAAUAAUGUUUCCUCCAAACAUUCGGAGCUUCAUCUUGAAUAGAAGCCUAAAAUGCCAAUUAAUUAAGCAAAUAGAAUUGGACUAUUUAAUAUUCUCCAUUUAGAUUAAGAUACAACUGUAUAUGUAGCCACUUUUUUCACUUUAAUAUUGGGAUAUUACAGUUCAUGUAAACAUAUGUCAUGUUAUGAAUUCCACUCUGCUCCAAACUCCAGUUGACUACCUCCACUGUCUCCCACCAAAGGGCAUGGAAAGCAUUUCCACUCCUGUGUUGUGAAAUGUACGGACUGUGAUAGCAGACAUGCUUUAAUGAAGUUCUACUCAUGUAUUCUGAAAGAAUAAACCUUGUUGAGAAAUCCUC